AUGGCUUCUUGAUGUAAAGCUCAAAUUAAGCAUUUGGUGCUAUACGUUAUAUAUUGUACUUAGUAAGUUACAUAACGCAUAUAUGUGGGCUUUCAGUAUAUGAAAAAAAGAUGAGAGCAGUGAUCUAAUUUACGCUAAAGAUGGAGAUACUUGCUGAAGGGACCUCUCACGCUCAGCGGGUGCUGUCCUUGCUCAACCAACAGAGGGGUCUUGGCCACUUCUGUGAUGCCAUGUUGAGCACAGCGAGUGGACAAGUGCAUCUGGCCCAUCGCAGUGUUCUUGCCUGCUUCAGCCACUUGUUCCAAGACCCCAGUUCAAACAUGCCAUGUAUAAAGAUCGAGCUGCCAUUAGAGUGCCCUGAUGAUGGACUAGAGCUACUGCUUAACUUUUUUUACACUGGUGAACUCCAGUUAGACGACAGCAAUUUAGAGAAGAUUCAGAAUGCAGCUAGCGGACUAUCAGUGCCGGAUUCUCUCAUACCUUGCCAGAGUUUGCCAGGUGUAGAGAAUUUACAGUCACCUGUCUCGAGUGAAGAUGAUAAAGACAAACCACUGUUCCCUCUCACAUCUGCAGACGCUCAGCCUGAUCACACCCCGAAAGGAAAGACUAGAUCUUGGCAGAGGACGAAAAAUAAGUCUGAUGCAUGCAGGGUGGGUUCAGAGGUCACAGCUAGCGAUGAUGACCCUCCUGCCUCGACGUCUACUACCACCACACGUUCUGGAAGGCAUGUAAAAGGGCCCAAUCGACUAGUCGGGGAAAGUCCUAUGUCUACUGUGAUGAGGCAGGGAGCAGGAAGAAGAAAACCAUCAUCUCUAGAAGACAAAGAGCAGGAGACUUCUGCCACUGAGUACGGAGAUCACCUCAAACAUCAAGACAUGAGUGAGACUGAGGUGGAUGGAUCUGUUGAUAACCAAAAUGACAAUGAUGUCGACAAUGACGAUGAUGAUGAUGAUGACGAUGACAGUGACAGAGGUGACAGUAUGGAUAUUCUUAUUGAAGGAACUGAUGAAGAGUAUGUGCCUCAUGAUUCACCUUGCUCGACCUCAAAGACUCCACGGGGAAAGCGCAAACGACAUGAAAAACGUACCAAUAAAGAGAAUGGGGAAGAAACAUCUAAAGACAGAAAGAAAGGCUCUGUCCAAUGUCCAACAUGCCAUAAAACAUUCCUCAGCAAGUACUACCUGAAAGUGCACAACAGGAGACAUACAGGAGAGAAGCCCUUUGAAUGUGCUAAAUGUGGGAAGUGCUACUAUAGGAAGGAAAACCUGCUGGAGCAUGAAGCCAGGAAUUGUCUUAUCAGAGCAGAAGUGGUGUUUUCGUGUUCAAAAUGUACCAUGACCUUUAAAAAGCGACAUGAGCUGCGUCUUCACACGGUCACACACACAGGAGAGAUGCCCAAUAAGUGCACGUCAUGCCCUGAGCAGUUCAUGCAGAAGAAAGACCUCAGGAUCCACAUGAUUAAAGUUCACGGAGCUCCCAAACCACACGCUUGUCCGUUGUGUCCCAAGUGUUUCCUGUCCCGCACUGAGCUACGUCUACACGAGGCAGCCAAACAUCGUGGUGAGAAACUGUUUGUGUGUGAGGAGUGCGGGCAUCGGGCCUCCAGCCGCAACGGCCUGCAAAUGCACAUCAAAGCCAUUCACAGAAAUGAGCGUCCUUUUGUGUGUGAGUUCUGCAAUCAUGCUUUUACCCAGAAAGCCAAUCUCAACAUGCACCUUCGAACACAUACUGGAGAGAAACCUUUCCAGUGCCACCUCUGCGGCAAGACAUUUCGCACACAAGCGAGUCUGGACAAACACCACCGCACACAUACAGGAGAACGGCCAUAUAGUUGUGAGUUUUGUGAGCAGCGCUUUACUGAGAAAGGCCCUCUCUUACGCCACAUAGCCAGCAAACACCAAGAAGGUCGACCACACUUUUGCCACAUCUGCAACAAAACCUUUAAAGGCACAUUUGCGACGACACUCACAGAUCCACAACCGUGUGGAGAACUACAACCCCAGACAGAGACGCUUACGUAACCUGGUAGUGGAGGACGAGAGUGCAGCUGCUUCAUCUAGUCCUCCCAGCCAGGCAGAGGCUCAGGCUGAACCAGCAGACAUGGUUAACCUAGUUAUCCAGCCAGAGGUGGUUGUGGUGGAACAGGUCAUCUCAGCCUCUGCUGGAGGAACAGGAGGAGAGCAGGCCACAUGUUCAAUGACUGAUGGAGCAGUGAGUGGUGAACAGACUGAGACUGGAAGGACUGAUGGUGGAGUGGAGCAGACUCCGUUCACUGUAGCAGAUGUGAUGGAGCAGACCCUGCUGGUGACCGAUGCAUACCCCAUCCAUCAGUCCAGUGUGGUGGUGGAACUGCCCAGCUCUGCAGCUGAUGGGAAAGUCUAAAUGAAGGGACUUCUUGACUCCAGAGCAACAAAGUAUGCAGUUUAAAGGGUUAGUUCAUCCAAAAACGACAAUUCUGUCAUUAUUUCCUAACCCUCAUG